AUGUCCCGUGGGGAGGUGGUCACAAACUCCGGGGUCCAGUUUUCUUACACCAGGACAUGUCACGUUUGGUCAAUUAUGGGAUUGGGGGUUACUUUGGAUUGCACAGAGAUCCCUUCGAGUUCAGGAACCGAGUCACAAAUCGGACCUUGACCUACUCCGGUAACAGAAUUGCUUCGUUUCUGAUCUAUUUGAGUGAGGUACCCCUGGGCGGGUACAUGUCGUUCCCGGACCUGCGCCUGCUCCUACAUCCAGUCAAGAACAGCGCCUUGUUCUGGUACAACUUCACUCCAUCCGGUCAUCAGGAAGAACAGAUCUGGCAUCAGGGCUGCCCAGUGGUCGUCGGCGAAAAAUGGAUCGCCAACAAGUGGAUUCUGUCCUACGGUAACACGUUUGUGCGGCGCUGCGGGGUGAGGGAAGACGCCACCCAGGCGGACAUAGAGGAAGACAUGAUGCGUCGAUACAGGUAUUAG